AUGGCGGCAAACCUCGCCGAGAAUGUGAAGAACGCCCUAGAAGGCCAGCCAGUUAGAUCAGUCCAUGGAUGGCUGGAUAGUACUGUGGCCCUUCACUGGAUCAGAGGAGAAGGGAGUGCCUACAAGCAAUUUGUGGCCAACCGAGUGAACAAGAUACGAGAGAAAGAGUACAUUCACUGGAGGCAUGUUGGUACCGACCAGAAUCCCGCUGAUAUUGGCAGUAGAGGUUGCCAAGCGGACAAGCUGAGAGAGCUGUGGUUAAUGGGCCCAAAAUGGUUGACAGAGCCUGAUCGUUGGCCAGCUGAAGUAUUCACAGAACCGAGCAAAGAAACCGAAGCGGAAGCUAAACUCGCAAAAGAAAUCUUCGCAACUGCUACAGAGACCAAGGAUGACUUCGAUGAAGUUUUAGAGAAAAACAGUUUCUGGAAAACGGUACGGGUGACAGCAUGGAUAAGGAGAUUCCUGAACAACUGCAAGUUGAAGAAAGCGGUACGACUCAGUGGUCCUCUAACAACAGCUGAGACGGACAAGCAGGUGCAAUGGUGGAUAAAGAGGGCCCAAGCAAGCUAUGAAAUGACGGAAAAGUUCAACGAGGACAAGUUGACCCUCAACCUACAGAAGAACAACGAAGAGUUGUACGAGUGCCGUGGUAGAAUUCAAGGAAGCUAUCCAAUCUAUCUACCAUCAAGUGCAGUGUUGACAGAGAAGUUGGUUCUAGAUGCACAUAUCCUGACCUUACAUGGAGGAGUUGGACUCACGAUGGCCUUCAUCAGACGUGAUUAUUGGAUACCUCGAUUGAGGCAGCUAACCAAGAAAGUGAUCAGGGGUUGUUUUGGAUGUAAAAAGUUCCGUGCUGUGGCAUUCCAAAGUCCACCUCCUGGAAACUUGCCAGUUGACCGCACCAUGGGCUCAGUUCCUUUCCAGGUACUGGGCGUGGACUAUGCCGGCCCAAUACCAUACAAAAUCAGUAAGAAGAAGGAAGGUAAAGCCUAUAUCCUGUUGUUUGCCUGUAGUCUGACCAGAGCCAUCCACCUGGAGCUGUUAAGCGAUCAGAGUACAGAAGAGUUCAUUAAAAGCUUGAAACGGUUCAUAGCCAGAAGGGGAAGACCACAAAAGGUGUACUCCGACAACGGAAAAAGUUUCAUUGCGGCGGCGAAAUGGUUGAGAAGCAUCAUGAAGGACGAGAAGAUGCAGGAUUACCUGGCACACCAGCAGAUCACGUGGCAAUUCAGCCUGAGUAGGGCACCGUGGUGGGGCGGUCAGUACGAGAGGUUGGUGGGGCUUGUAAAGCGGGCCUUGUACAAGUCUGUUGGGGGAGCGAGGCUCACGUGGAGCGAGUUUGAGGAGGUGCUCCUAGAUGUGGAAGUUGCACUUAACAACCGCCCCCUAACUUAUCUGGAAGACGAUGUCCAGCUACCCACGCUGACACCAAAUGCCAUGAUGUUUGGCCAGCCCAAUCUGUUACCAGAAGAUGAUCCAGUUUCGAUCGAGAGUAAAGAUUUAAGGAAGCGAGCCAAGUAUCUUCGACGCUGUAAGGAUGUGUUGUGGGCCCGAUGGACCGGGGAGUACAUCAAGAGUUUGAGAGAAAGACAUAACCUCAACCACAAGAAAGAAGAACCACAGAUUAAACCCGGAGACGUCGUUCUAAUCCAAAGUGACGAAAGAAACAGAGGGAAGUGGAACCUCGGAAUUGUAGCAAAGCUCAUCAAGGGGAGAGACGGUGUUGUCAGGGCAGCCAGACUGAGGGCAGGAAAAUCGUUCCUGGAGCGCGCACUCCAACAGUUGUACCCCAUGGAGUUGUCAUGCGACCGAUAUCAGGAGCCUCAAGACCCAGAGUCAAAUGUCCUCAACCCCAGAGCCAGGGCAUUCACACCCAGGAGAGCAGCUGUUGCCGCAGCGGAGCGUAUCAAAGACAUUGCCAGACAAGACGAACAAUUAAGUUGA